CAAUGAUCUUCAAGCAAAAACACCACGUCACUUUCUGUUGUGGAAGCCUGCUGAAGUCGACCAAGAUCGGUUUAAAAACAAUAACUUGCCGGCGUCCCUGUAGAGAUACAUUAUAUUCAAUCGCCAGAAGUAAACAGUUGCAAACAGCUGACAGCUGAUUUUCCACCGGUUUAAGGGAACAGCUGUGGUUGAUGGUUGAAACUGGUCUCAAAGUAACAGAAAAAAAGAAGUGAAGCUGAGGGCAAAACCCCUUUUCUUUAUAACUGCAGACCUCACAGCACAGAGAUCAGUGGUUGAAUUACAUCACAGCCAUGCACACACUGACACUAAGGGACCUGAUGUGGAUAUGGAUGCUGUGUCUGUGGUGUGCAUCAUGUAACUGUGGACCAGAUCCCAGGAAGCGGGAGGCUCUGAUAAGGCUGGAGGCAUCUAGACGGACUGGAGGCAACAUAACAUUGGAUGAGAGAGAGAAACUGCUUGACUCAAAGCUUCAGAAAAUGAAGCAGCAUGAUAUGGAAACAGGACCGUUCCCACCGUCUAUGCAUUUCUUCAAGGCGAAGCGCUUCAUCGAUCAAAGUCCUGUUUUUAGUUUGAUUCAAAGGAUGCCCAAAGGUGCGGCCCUUCAUGUUCAUGACUUUGCUAUGGUAGAUGUGGAUUGGCUAGUGAAGAACGUGACCUACAGGGAGAACUGCUACGUGUGCUUCACAGAUGUGCAAACCGUGCAGUUUAUCUUCUCUUCUGGAAAGCCUGCAUCUCGUCCACACUGCUCCUCAUGGACCCUGCUCAGAUCCCUCAGGGAGAAGAUUAAAAACAGCACCGAUUUGGACAACAGUUUCAUUCGAAAUCUCACACUCUUCACUGAGGACCCAGACCGAGACUAUCCUAGCCAAGAUAUUGUGUGGAAGAGAUUUGAGCAGGCGUUCUUGGUGGCCUACGGUCUGGUCACCUAUGCACCUGUGUUCAAAGACUACCUCUAUGAAGGUCUCAGACAGUUUUAUGAGGACAACAUCAUGUUUGUGGAAAUCAGGGCACUUCUGCCAGCGACAUAUGAACUUGAUGGCAGACUGAAUGAUAAGGACUGGAGUAUGCGGGCCUGCCAGGAAGUUGUGAGAAGAUUUACAGCACACUACCCAGACUUCUUAGGGGCUCGGGUUAUUUUUACCGUCCACAGGGGAAUAAAUGCAACUGAGGCAGUGAAGGCAGUAGAGGAAGCAAUGACACUACAAAGGAACUUUCCAGAUAUCAUGGCAGGUUUUGACUUUGUAGGACAAGAAGACCUUGGAAGACCUUUGUGGUACUUCAAGGACGCUUUGAGUCUACCUGAAGACAGGGGUGUUAACCUGCCCUACUUUUUCCACGCAGGAGAGACAGAUUCACAGGGAACAGAUGUUGAUCAGAACCUCAUGGAUGCUCUCCUAUUCAACACCACACGUAUCGGUCAUGGCUUUGCCUUGGCACGUCACCCUGUAGUUAAAGAGAUGUCUAAAAAGAUGGGCGUACCAAUUGAAAUCUGCCCCAUCUCAAAUCAGGUGUUGAAACUGGUCUCAGACUUGCGGGACCACCCGGCGACAGUGCUGAUGGCUGAGGGUCAUCCUGUAGUGAUAAGCUCAGAUGAUCCAGCUCUCUUUGGUGCCACUGGCCUUUCACACGAUUUCUAUGAAGCCUUCAUGGGCUUUGGAGGAAUGAGCUUUAAUUUAGGCACAUUGAAAGAGCUGGUCAUAAACUCCCUCAGGUACAGCUCUUUGCCAAGUCAAAGAAAGAAAAAGGCUAUUGAGGUUUUGCUGGUAAAAUGGGACAAGUUUGUCUUGGAAAGUUUACUUUGACAGGUAGUCUCUAAACCAGGACAAUUGUAAAGGCAUUGUUUACAGGAUGUUUUCCCCUUUUGUUUAUCAUAUUGGUGAACAUACUGGGGUGUGAACUUACACUGUUACUUCAUGUGAAGAACUUAAUGUAAUAUCUUGAACUGACCUGUGCUGCCAUCUGGUGCAGAACCUGUGUACUGAUCGUCUGUACUUCCACUGAAACAAAAUGGAGGACUCUUUUGUAAAUACUAAUUGUGAUUUAAACUUUACAUGACAGCAGCAUAUAGGUGUUUACAGUGUCGAACACUCUCAAGACACCUGAUAAACCAUCAAACUUGUGAUUUAUAAUGUCAGUUCUUUUUAAUGGAAAAAAAAAGGUAAAUAUUAAAGGUUUGAAGAGGAUAUUUUUACUUUAAUGACCUCGGUAGGUUGUUUUAAGUUACCUGAUUUCAGUUGUUUAUGAAUAUGUAACUUGUUUUGUUUAUAACAUGAAUGUUUAAAUAAAAAAAACUACUGUGACAACUCCA